UCUGGGGAGGAGGGGAAGGUUUAUUUGGCGGCAGCGCGGGCGGCAAGGGCACUCUGCUCACGAGGGAACCUGCGGGGACAGGGGCGCGUCCUCCCGCUUCCCUUGUUAGCCCGGCUCAUCCUGCGCAGACAUGCACCAGUGGUGGCCGGGCAGCCCUCGGGGCUGUGCCCCCGCGCCUGGGCUCUGAGUGCCUUCGGGCGCCUGGGCUCACAUCACUGAGCCGCUGCCGGCUCCGGACCCGGCAGCCAACAUGCGCUGGGUCUGGGCGGCCGCCGCGGCCCUCCUCUGGCCGCAGCUCACGCUCCUCGGGGGCGUGAGGGCCCGGCGGGAGCCCAAGAGGCCACGGAAGCCCGGCCAGCACCCCGCAGCCCCCAACGCCACCACGUCCAGCAGCGAGGGGCUACUGGGCUUCCCCAAGCUGCCUGAGGCCUCAGGGCCUGAAUUCACAGAUGCCCACAUGACAUGGCUGAACUUUGUCCGGCGCCCCGAUGAUGGGGCCUCAAAGAAACGGUGCCGAGGCCAGGACAAGAAGUCGCGAGGCCUCUCUGGCCCCCCAGGGCCUCCUGGCCCCCCUGGCCCCCCAGGACCCCCCGGUGCGGAUGUCACCCAGGAAGCUGUGCUUCGGGAGUUUCAGGGGAUGCUGAAGGAGGCUACCGAGCGUCGGUCCUCGGCGCUGCUGGGCCCCCUGCUGCCCGAGGGGACGGAGAGGUGGCUGGUGUCCGAGGCCUUCCACUGUCGGCUGAAGGGCCCGGUGCUGGUGGAGAAGAGGACGCUGGUGGAGCUGCAGGGCUUCCAGGCCCCCACCGCCCAGGGUGCCUUCCUUCGGGGGUCUGGCCUGAGCCUGCCCUCCGGUCGGUUCACGGCCCCGGUGACCGCCAUCUUCCAAUUCUUCGCCAGCCUGCACGUGGACCCCAGGGAGCUGCAGGGCAGGGCCCGGCUGCGGGCCCGGGACACAGUGCGUGUGCUGGUCUGCAUCGAGUCCCUGUGCCAUCGCCACACGUCCCUGGAGGCCAUCUCCGGCCUGGAGAGCGGCGGCAGGGUCUUCACGGUGCACGUGCAGGGGCUGCUGCAGCUGCAGGCGGGACAGUACACCUCCGUCUUCGUGGACAACGGCUCCGGCACAGCCCUCACCGUCCAGAGCGGCUCCAGCUUCUCCGGCCUGCUCCUGGGCACGUGAGGGGCCGAUGGGCCGCGGGGGAGAUGCCGUCACCCUCACCCCGCUGCCCUCUGGUGAACCUGGGGUCACAGCAAUAAAGAGCCCCCAGCCCUU